CUCCCCGCGGGAUUUAAUUUCAGAGUCGUCGUCUUCUUCGUAGCUGCAAAUUUCGAAUCUCUCUAUAUACACAAUUCGCUUUCGCCGCUGGUGCUUCUUCUCCGCAGCCAAUAUGCAGGUCAUGCCAGUGAUAGGUUCAACAUGAAUUCCCAGCUCGAACACCUUCAAGCUAAGUACGUUGGAACAGGGCAUGCCGGCUUGCAUAGAUAUGAAGGGACCGUGAACAUUCAGCGUGAUAGCUAUGCCUCCUAUAUUGGUCAUUAUCCUAUUCUUUCGUACUUUGCUCUUGCCGAGAAUGAGUCGAUUGGGAGAGAACGUUACAAGUUCAUGCAGAGAAUGCUUUUGCCUUGCGGUCCUCCCCCAGAAAGAGUAGACGAUUGAGAAUGUUCUUGUACGGAUAAGGACGUGAACGGUUCUGAUACACUCUGUUCUUGGAAGUAAUCAUAUCGUAACAGUAUGUACUGAAUUUUACCUCCCAUAUGUUGAGGACUAGUUGGAAGUUCUUUACUUUGCACUUGCGGGUGAAUAGUUGGAAUGUAAACUUUUCAAUAAUAUAUUUCUAAUGCCUUCUUUUGCUGAUAUAAAAAAUAUACGA